UAAAAGGAGAAAAAUAGACCAACCCUUCAUAUAUACAAAGUUUUCCCCUACAUAUAAACAUAUCUCUGUAUCUAUUCUUCGUCUUUGUUAUCUAGAGAGAGAGAAUCAGUGAGAGAAGUGGUACGCGGCUGACGGAUACGCGUGGACCGCCGUGAAAUCAAUUUCCGAUUUCCGUUUAUUAAUCGUAAUCGGUGUCGAAUUCCGAUUCUUCGUUCAUAUCGCUUUUUUUUUUUUGGUUUCUGUAAAUUUUUCUACUAUAAUUUAGGGUUUGGGGGUGUAAAGGGGAUUUUGUUUGCGGCUUACCUGGAACGCGAUUUGGAGUUUUGAUUUGCUGUAGCUAUGGAGGCUUCUUCUAGUGUGGUGAUCAAGGUCAAGUAUGGUGAUAUGCUUAGGCGUUUUAACGCUCAGAUAGUUGGUGAGCAACUGAGUUUCAGAAUGGAUGGACUGAGAGAGAAGAUCCUUAACCUCUUCAGCUUUAAUCCUGAUACUGAACUGGUGCUUACUUACAUCGAUGAAGACGAUGAUGUGGUGACCCUUGUUGACGAUGACGAUCUUUCGGACGUGGUCAAGCAAGGGCUUGACCCGUUGAGAGUAACUGUUAAGGUGAAAGGUGCAAAUACCGGAAAACAUGACACUCGUUCAAGUGCUAGUGCUAGUUCGACUCCUUUGAGAUCACCUAGAGUGCAACAACCACUCGAAAAUUUGAACACUGGUGUCGCAGAAAUUCUGAAAACGGUACCAGAGCCGCUUCGUGACACGCUCAUGAAACUCUCUGCUGACCUGGCAUCUAAAGCAUCUUCCUCUGCGCCUAGUAUAACGGAGCUUGUUGACCAAUUCUCGAAAGUGGGGUUGUCCUUCUUGGGUCAGCUCACAGAGUCGUCACAACCUGGAGUGAAGACUGCUGCAACGGAAACCAAUGGCUCGGAAGUUUUGAAGGUUGACUCCGACGGUGCAGUAAAAGAUGCAACAAAUGAGGCGACCCAGAAAAACAAUGAGGUGAAAAUUCAGAAUGUGCCUGGAGAAAGCAUGGAGGGUUCAUCUUCUGGUUUUAUCAAGGUUGUCCAGCCUGGCAAUGAUUCUUUGCCGAACUUUGCGCCGGUGAGUACUCAGAACGUCAAAUGUGUUGGCAAGAAAGAAAAUUUCAAGAAGGUAAUUAGCAUGAGGAAGUCUCAUCUGACAAGUCAACUGCCGCCACCUUCUGCGAAUAACGCCGGAAAGGAGAUGAGUAAUCCCAGUGAGCCUAAAAUUGGACCAAAACCCGCAACUGUUGGUGCUUCUCCUUGGACACCGUUUCCAGGUCUUAAUACUACAGACCCGUUUUUCGGUGGCAUGCCGCCUGUGUAUGAUUGCCCCUUUUCUGGAGCACCUUUUGGAAAUAUGCCACCACCUCCGGCACAUUCUUCUUCUACGGUAAGGAGUUCAAGUCAAAAUGAUGGCAUUGGUAAUGUAUUCCACCGUGGUGUUCGUUGCGAUGGUUGUGGUGUCCAUCCUAUUACUGGUCCUAGAUUCAAGUCAAGAGUGAAGGUGAACUACGAUCUUUGCUGCAUUUGCUUUGAAGAAAUGGGUAAUCACAGUGAUUAUAUAAGAAUGGAUCGCCCUGCUGUUUAUCGACACCAUAUGCCUUUUAAGGGUCUGCAUGAUUCUAGGACGAACGACUGGAAUCCAACCUCGCCGCAGGUUUACAAGGGUUUUAAGGUUAAACCCACUGCAGUCAAGCUCGACAGCCGCUUCAUUCUCGAUGUGAAUAUAUUUGAUGGUACUGUUAUGGCACCUUUAAGUCCAUUCACCAAGAUAUGGCGGAUGAGGAACAAUGGUACGACCGUGUGGCCCCAGAAAACACAACUUGUUUGGAUCGGGGGUGAUAAAUUGAGCAAUGAGAUUUCUGUUGAAGUACAGAUUCCUGAAGCUGGUUUGAUGAUGGAUCAGGAGCUUGAUGUUGCUGUUGAUUUCAUUGCCCCAGAGCUUCCAGGUCGAUACGUCUCUUACUGGAGAAUGUCCUCACCAUCUGGACAGAAGUUUGGUCAGCGUGUUUGGGUUCUCAUCCAGGUCGAUACUUCUCUUGCCGAGACACCACGUGGAAGUGUUAGGAACUUAAACCUCAACUUACCCCCAACAGGUCCCGAAAUGAUCAAUGUUAAUCCAGAACCGACCAUCGAAGACAACAACCCCGAAAAUGAGAACUCGAAAAAGAUUGUGGAAUUGGUCCAACCCAACACCGAGCAGGACCUGAAAUUCCCCAUCAAUGACAGCUUGUUUGUGGGCAAUGGAGCUUCAACUUCUUCUACACCCUCUUCCUCUUCUUCUCCUCCACCGCCAACAGUCUCGUAUCCCAUCAUCGAUCUGUCUGACGUGGCACCGCGUCUCCCUUCCGUACCUUCGCCUAUGCUCUAUCCACCACCACCAGCACCGCCUGCAGGUGCACAGCAAGCCGAGGAAAACGAAGUAGAGCAGAAACUUCUAAGGGAACUCGAGGAGAUGGGUUUCAAAGAGGUUGACCUAAACAUUGAGGUGCUGAGGAUGCACGAGUAUGACCUGGAGCAAGCUGUCGACGACCUGUGUGGCGUUGCUGAGUGGGACCCUAUUCUCGAGGAGCUCCAGGAGAUGGGUUUUGGUGACACUGUUAUGAACAAGAUGCUGCUGAAGAAGAACAAUGGGAGUAUUAAGCGCGUGGUGAUGGAUCUUAUUGCUGGAGAGAAUAAUUAGUAUAUAUAUAGAGACAUCCUUUUGUGUAUAUAUAUGAUCUGCUAUAAAUAAGUGCCGGGACUUGAUAGUAACUUGUCCUUGUGCACCCAGUUUCAGUUGGGAUUUCGUUAUUUUUCUUUUUUGGCUUUAGUAUUCGACUCUAUGCUUUGCUGAACUUGUUAUGGCUUUCGGUUUAAAUGAUAUUAAGUGGUUUUUAAUAUAAGGUUUCUGGAGUUUUACGUU